UGUUGCUGUGUGGGGAGCGAGAGCGCAGGGGAAGGAGUCUCGACCAGCCAUCAAACAACCGGCCUCGUUCUUAAUAACAGCUAUAAGACAGCCCCAUCACCAAAUACCGGCCACAAAUGUCUGCCAGAACUCUGUAAUAUUUCAAGAAAAAUGCGCCUUUCAACCAGCUUUAGUUGAAACAAAGCAUUCAAUUUGUGCUCUCUCACCAGCAACCAGAAUGAAUGUCAGUGCCGACUCUCUCUCCACUACCAACUCCUAUCUCAUCUGUAACAACUGUCAAAAAGUGAUCAGAAAAAAGGAAAAGGGAAUGAAAGUCCCUCGUCCACUCACCAGUGGCCCCAGCUCCUUCAUUCCAGAAAAUGAGAUUGUAGAAGCCACGCCCGUGGACAGCCACACCAUCCUGCUCCUGGCAGAGGAGUACUCUACAAGCGGGCGCGUGGACCACCUGACCCAGGUGAUGGCCCUUCACCCGCACUACCUGGAGUCCUUCCUGAGGAGCCAGUUCUACCUGCUGAGGAUGGACGGGCCCCUUCCACUGCACUACCGCCACUACAUCGCUAUCAUGGCAGCCGCCCGGCACCAGUGCUCGUUCUUGGUGAAGAUGCACGUUCAGGAGUUUUACCAGAUGGGUGUAUGUGUGGAGUGGCUCAAUGGCCUACAGUACGCUCCCCAGCGGCUGAGGAACCUCAACGAGAUCAACAAGCUCCUCGCACACAGACCCUGGCUCAUCACCAAGGACCACAUACAGAAUCUGGUGAAAACGGGAGAGAACAGCUGGUCUUUAGCAGAGCUGGUCCACGCAGUGGUGCUUCUUGCCCAUUUCCAUGCCCUGGCGAGCUUUGUCUUCGGCAGUGGCAUCAACCCCGAACCUGAUGGGGAGAACACCAACAAUUUCCAGCAAAUGGGUGUCAGCAACGUGUGCUCGUGCGACCUGGCCAAUGACAACAGCCUGGAGGAGGUCCCUUUCAGCAGUUCCGCCCUCGGGACGGUGGACUCUGUGAGCGAGCUGGAGGCCCUGAUGGAGAGGAUGAAGAGGCUGCUGGAGGAGAGAGAGGAUGAGGAGGCUUCGCAGGAGGAGAUGGCCACACGCUUUGAAAAGGAGAAGAAGGAGAGCCUCCUGGUGGGAUCUGGAGGUUUCCAAGACGAAGUGGUGCCAUCAUCGAAAGUGUCUCGGUUUGUGGAGGAUGCCACCUUUGGCUACCAGGACUUUGCGAGGCAUGGGGAGGACAACCCACCAACCUUCAGAGCACAGGACUAUUCCUGGGAAGAUCACGGCUUUUCAUUGGUCAACCGGCUGUACUCGGAUAUUGGCCACCUGCUGGACGAGAAGUUCCGCACGGUGUAUAACCUGACCUACUACAACAUGGCCAGCCACGAGGACGUGGACACCACCAUGCUGCGGCGGGCCCUUUUCAAUUACGUGCACUGCAUGUACGGCAUCAGAUAUGAUGACUAUGACUAUGGAGAGGUCAACCAGCUGCUGGAGCGCAGUCUAAAAGUUUACAUCAAGACGGUGACCUGCUACCCAGAGAGGACCACGCGGCGCAUGUAUGACAGCUACUGGCGCCAGUUCCGCCACUCUGAGAAGGUACAUGUGAACCUGCUCCUGAUGGAGGCCCGUAUGCAGGCCGAGCUUCUCUACGCCCUGCGUGCCAUCACCCGUUACAUGACCUGAGAGGAGGGAGCGUCCGGCUGUCUCACCCUCCACCCCCUCCUCCCCCUCCUCCCAUCCUCCCCUGACGUGUGGUCCUGGAUUGAAGCCCCUCCUGGAGGGAUGUGGGACGGCCCAUGUGUCCCCAUACCCUCUGUGUCUGUAUUUCACUGUGUGCCUCAAGUCUCGAGUAACUCAACUCUCUCCCCAACUCUUGGCAGUGCUCGGCACAUUUAGGUGCAAUAAACCCAAACCCAGAGAAUGUCAGGAAGGCUAAGAGAUGUGGCUCUUAACCUUCUUUUUAAGGAAAGAAAAGAUGGAAUGCAAAUGAAAAUAAUCCAGAAAAUCCACUUUUUUUUCCAGAGCUAGCUAAAUCACCCCUGUAACAUUAUAUGAUUUUACUUUUUAUUUUGUUACAGGGCUGUCUAAUGUGAAGGGGCAGGGAGAUUUCCAUUGAUUGGCUACUUGAUAUGUAGCUUUUGGAAAAAUGUGAAAGUCAUUAAAAAAACAAAAGCCUAUUUUAGCAAAGGUUGGCCAUUAUAAACCAGGCACGGAAUGAGGAAAUAGGAUAUUUACAAAGCCAUCGAGCCUUGUUCUAGCCUCGUAUCAGAUGGCCAGGCUUCCACUUAUAAUGCUACAUUUGUACCUCCUAGUUUAUUGUAGAAUCUGCCAGCAGGGUGGCCACAUUUUGACUAACGAAUAUUCAAAGAUUCUUAUCCUAAAGUUCCUGUAUUUGCUGAUAAUGGGAAGUGCUUACAAUAUACGGCAGACUGCCUUCUAUGUCACUUCCUCCUCCCCUCAACACUGCUGAUUCAUGAUCAGGGCUUAGGAAGUGGCUGCUCCACUUCCUACCUAAUCAGAGAUCAGCGUUUGGAACACAGUCCCCGUUGUCGUAGCGAGAGACAAACGAGGACCUGAGGCAGGUGUCCCCAUCUGUGUUCUCAGCCAAUCAAAAUCAAAGACCUGCUCACGGGGUCUCCUCCCCCAGAUGCUUUGUGUGCCAGCAGUAGCUCACGUCGUUCUUUGUUUAACCAUUACCAAAUCAACGCCAUGUUGCCUUCUGUUCCCCUCUUUUGUUACAGGGGUAUAUCCAACGUUGUGGACCAUGCAGGCGGUCCUGAAAAAGGUUGUUGUUGUUAAAUGGUGGUUAUUCGGAGUGAAAGUCUGAUGCCUCAGUUUCCAGUAGUAUAGUGUAGUUGUGUCACUAAAAGACAUGAGGGCAUGAGCGUGCACAUCAUGUGUUUAAUUGCAUGACAAAAAAUAAAGCUAUUCUGCUUGCUCUGCCGUGAUUUGGUGGACAAAUUUUAAGUGCAAUAUAUUCAUCUCUGGUCUUUUCAAAGUUUUACUACUUGGAAAUACUGUGUUAAGACUAUUAACACAUAUAUGAUUAAGCUCAACUCCCCAAAAUCAUGAUCAUGUUUUAUUUUCAGUAUUUUGCACAUUUAAGUAGUUUUCAAGACUUUGAAAACCUCUCUAAUAUUUGCUCUGUAGUAGAAUCACAGAGCAUAAGAGUAUCACCAAAAUGGCUUUGAGAGCAUUUGGUUUGGUAUAAUACAGCUUAGACUCAAUGUACCUGUGCCCCCUCGUGUGUUCAGUGCUCUCUUGUAUGCUCACUUUCAGUAUUAACAGACUUGUUCAGGAGAGGAAAUGCAGACUGGUGGCAAUCAGCCAUUAUUAUCACAGACCCAAUGAGACUGCGAGUCUUCAAAUCCAACUUGUUAAAAUUAAAUUUGUUGAAAUAUAUCAGGCAACAGUUUAUAAAACUUGUUUUGCAGGAACAGCUUUGAUAUAAUGGCAGACUAACACUUAAAAUGCUUAGCAUACAUUUUUAGUGCCAAAUUUUCCACAUUCCUCGUAAGGCUGUGGUAACAUGAUAUUACACAUUUUUUUAAGUUCUGCCUGUUUGAAGAGAUAACUAAUGACAAAGUCAUCACCCCCCCCCCCCAACAGUAGAAAAUUGCAAGUUGUUUUUUUUUUUUUUUUUUUUUUUUUUGGAACUGGCCCUUAUGGGUGAGAUUCAAACUUGAAAUGUUCCUUCUGCCUUGGCUUUGCUUCAGUUAUUUGUCAUAUGAUGUAAUGAAUGUAUAUAUUUCUACUGAAAACAGAUUUAAACAAAAAAAAAAAGAAUUGCGAGGACGAAUCCAUCAUACUUAUUUUUUGUGUCCUGUACUUUAAAAAAAAAUGUUUACUAGGAAACUUUGUAGCAUGUCAUGUAAUGAAAGCAACAUACUGUACUUGUAUUUCUUGUGAUUUUUUGAGCCCUUUUCUUUUUUCAGUAUUAGUAGAAUUACAGGCUGUGCUUUUUUAAAAAGAAAGAAAUUGUGGACACCCAUGGUGUCUCACAACUUAACUAUCCUUUUCAGUCAAGUGCUUUGUUACUGUACUGUUUGUGGAGAAACCGUGUGCUUUUUUUCCCCAUUGAAUCUAAGAUGACAAUCAUGUCUCUUAGGAGCUCUGCUGGAAGAUGCAUUUCAGAACUUGAAUAAGCUAUGUACUCUGAUGUAUAACUUACGAGCAUAUUAGGGCAUAACCCAUAGGCUGUAAUAGAUGUAGGCCUAAUACUUUGCUUUGGGCGGUUCAACCCUGGUCUAUGUUUGUGCAGUGUCAUCAUGGAUUAACCAACCCCCAUCUAGGCACCUGAUUCAUUCAAUCAGCCUUUUGACAUAGCCUGUGUAGCCUUUUCUCUCUCUCGAUGCUGUGUGCUCGGUUGUUUAAAGAGAGCUGGGAGGCUCUCUUUAGGUUGUAUAUCAACUGGACCAGGGUUGAAGAGUCCUAACUGGAUGAUGUUAGAUGAUCUAUUCAUGAUCAUCAUACUCCUGUCUAAACCUCUGGUGUACCGCAGAACCUUGAGAAAUCGUUCGAGUUAACGAGGGCCCCAUUGAUGUUCUUAUUCAAAAGAGGAAUCCCCCCCUCUGAUUUUUACAAAUUAUGUGCCUUUGGAAUCUAUUUAGUUUUUACCUGCUAUUAAAAUUUUGUUUUUAUUUUUAAACUAUUUGAGUUCUAAUUGGGAAACAACUGGCUUUUUUGUUUUAGUGUUUAUAUAGCUCCAAAAUUUUUCAUGGUGCUUUGCAAACAAAUGUUUUGUAUAGCCACAUUUUCAGAAUGUUACAGACUCAUGGUCAUUUCUCUGUUUUGAUAUACACCUGAGGUUGCAAGGUUUUAUCACUAAUUAACUUGUUCAAAGUGUACUUUUACAUUUUUAUUUUGUAUUUUCAGUUUUUUUUAAGUAGUUUCUUUUUUGCUGUAGAUUUAAUAGUUUCACCAUUGAUGCGAGUGGGCCUUGAUUGUCUGUGCCUGCUCAAGAUGAUUGAAACAUGAGCUGUCCUGAACAGCAUAAAGAGAAACAAAUAAGAAAUAAAGAAUGUUAAAAACAAUGUAUGCCGUCGCACCUAGAUGAUGGAGAAACCUUACGUGACUUGUACAUUGGAUCGACUUCAGGUUGUGCCAUCUGGGCACUUCAAGUGCCUACAUCAGUGCAAAACGAUAGCCUCUUCUCUGCGUGCAUGUGUGGGCACGUGUAAGACAUGUUAGAAAAGGAGAAGACCCGGCCAGACCCGGGAGAAUGAACAGAAUUUGGGGUUGUCUAUCUUUGGAACUGAGACUGGAGAUCUUUGUGCCUUCUUUGCAGUCCAAGCCAUGCAGUGCUGGCUGACCUGAGGGUCUAUUUCAGAAUGGUGUUCCGGAAGAAAAGAAUCAGAACUUCCAUGUGGGUCACUGGUGCUGUAUGCUUAUUUUUGUUCAGGCCAUUACAAUGAAGCUGUGAUUUAAAAACGAAAAACCUAAACUCCUAUGUGUUUCCAUAGUUACUCCUCAGCGAGUAAUAUCUGCACUUUUUUCUCCCCAUGAGAUUUUUUUUUUUCUAUAACUUGGUACGGAACAAUGGGGUUGGCUUUGUACAACUAUAUUGUGUUCAUAUGGGCAGGACUGUAUUUUACAGUUGCUUGUAGAAGAAAAGAAGAAUCUCAUUGUUUCAAUAAAGCUGUUCUAACACCCA